GAUAUAAGAGGCAUUGUUCAACCCGUUCCGAAGCGAAGGGAAGGUUCCUCUCCGAAGGGGCCAAGGUCACUCAAUUCAUUUGCCAGGGAAAAAAAAACGAACAAUAGCAUCACUCGACCAACAUACAAUCGACGAGACAAUGCAUUCCAACACAGUCCUGUUCAUGAUUGCCGCGGCGACGGGCGUCAUGUCGGCCGAACUCAACCUCUUCCCGGGCCAUGCCGUCGUCAGACGUGAGGGUGCAGCUCGCGAGACUGCGAGCCCCUCGCUACCAAGUAUCAAUGACCCUUGUCUGGCGAGCCUGAUGUCUAUUUCCAAGACUUUGCCGACACCUGGUGCCGAUAUAUUGUCUGCUCUUGCCUCCAAUACCGAGACCAACGCAUGCUCAAUCACUGUUGCCGCCUCGGUAUCGGAUAAGUUCAACGCAUACACAAGCACUAUUCGUAGCUGGUACUCGAGCAACAGCGCCGCUAUUAACUCGGUGCUGUCGCAAUGUCCCAAGCUCAGUUCCUAUGCCGGCGACUUGCCCGUCUGCACUGGCAAAGAUAGCUCAAACGGUGCAUCUUCCACUGCCACCAAGGGCUCUUCUGGCGCAGCUACUACCACUGGGCGUGCGACCGAUGCGGGAUCAGGUAGUGCCACAGCCGCAACGGCCAGUGCCGGCGACAGCUCUAGCAACCCCACUGGCUCGGCUGCCUCCGUCACCAAAUCCGGGUCAGGACCGCGGGAGACAAACUUUGUGGCGGGCGCAGUUGCCGCCAUUGGAUUCCUUGGUGUUGUCGCUGCUUUGUAA